CUUUUUAUCUUCGUCGUGGCAAUGAAUUUGAAGAAUGUUCAAAAUUUAACGUAGUUGACAUGUUAGCACCAAAUAUACGCCAUCCUAAGGAAGUAACUGUGAGAGUUCUUAAGGCUGAAAACCUUCGUGUGGCCCCACGUUCUGACCACAAACAAAAAAAAGUUAGUCACAAAUGGAAAGUGGUUGUUUUGGGUGGAAAGAAAAAAGUCACCUCAGAAGCUGUGUUUGCACCGGACGGCAAUCCUAUUUGGAAUUUCGAAACAACAAUUAAAAUUGCAACACGUGGAGACCCGGUUGUACUCUUAGUUGCAGAUUCUGAAGACAACCAUGCAGGUCAAGUGGUUGUGUCUGGAGCGGCCAUUCCACCAAAAAUAACAGAAUUUUCCGUUGGACCUACUGACAGUUCACGACUAUGUAUCAUGGAUAUGGAGCAAACUAAGAAGACAGAAGUUGGUUUUGGAAGGUUGUAUUUUUGGAUUUGGGUUGAGGAGUAUCGCAGCGAAGAUUCAAAAAGUAGAAGUUCUAGGGGCUCUGUUUUAAGCUUAUCAAGCUUACAUCACAAAGACAAAGCAUCAGUACCUAACUCACUAAAUUAUAGCGGCAGUGUUAUAAGUCUGUCUUCCAAUCAUGGUGAUUCAAAGGAUAAAAAGUCGUGGUAUAAAAAGAAAGCAUCACAAGCUCUGCAUGCAGCAGCUGCACUCUCGUCCACUCACUCACCCAUAACUCCAGUAUCUACUAAAAAGACAGUGAUCAGUGGAUAUAAUCCGUUCGAUUAUUAUCUUCAAAGUUCUCAUGACGAUGUUGGUGUGAUUGAUGAAAAAGAUGGAAGUGUACUAGGUGCUUAUAGUGAAUUAACGGGUAGUGAUUUUAAUCCGCUAGCUCGACAAUCACUUCAUUUCACCAAUGAGAAACCGAUUAAUCCUUCGUCACCAUUAGCAACUGUAAGUCAAUCUAUCCAUCCGCAACCACCAUCUUCAGAACAAAAUGGCAAACUACUGUCUUCCAAUAUAGUUGAUAAUUCUAAAGAUUUAAAUGAACCACCAAAAACUAGACCAGAAUUAAUCAGAAUAGCUCCAAAAUGUGGUCCAUCUUCGGGCGGUACUGAACUCACAGUUUACUGUCGUAGCCUUACUAAUCAAAAUAUGCAAGGAGCUUCUGUUUUUAUUGAUGAUCAUGAAGUUUCUCGACAAGACUGGAUUUUUCAAGAAUCUGAUCAACCUGAUCGCUCUCAACUUCGUAUUCAUAUGCCUCCAUUACCAGCUGGGCGAUAUCCUAUUUGUGUUAAUACUUUAGAAUUCGGUCAAAUUCGUUGCAAACAAGAGUUCACUUACCUACAGUCUAAUAAUACAAAUCCAGUUUCAUCCCCUACAAGCAGCUUGUUCGCCCUUUCAAAUACUACACAUGAUCGUGAAAGUUUUGUAUCACAAAAAGGACGUCCUACCGGUGAAUCAGAAUUAGGCGGUUCAACAUUGAAUUCUCCAGAUACUAUGCCUAAAACUUUACCACCAUUUAAACGAAAUGAAUUAAACAAACAAGACGGUUUCUCUAAAAUAAGAAACAAUACAAAAGAAUCAUCAUUACUAAAGACGAAUACAAAUAAAAUUAAUCAACAGGUUAACAAAAUACCCCCAGGACCUUUAAGCACUUCACAUAAUCGAUUAAAUGAAGACACAGAAAUGGAGACUACCUCAGCUAUGUCUGUUGAAACUAAUCAAACAGUAGAAUUCAAUGAAUUGUCAAAACGACAUCGUGGUUCAGAUCGUAGUGCUGCUUCUGGACGAUCUAAAAGUAUCAUGGGAGCCGUUGAAGAUGAGAGUUUACGAUUAGAAAAUGAAGCUUUACGUUCAAUGUUAAAUGAUGCCAAUCAUUUGAUUAGUACAAUUAAAUCGCACACAUUAACACUUGAAACACAAUUGAAUGAAAAAGCCAAUGAUAUUGAUCGAUUGUCUAGAGAAUUAUGCAAUCUAAGAAAUCGUCUGCUUAUUGAUGGAUUAACGCAAUAUUUGGAAAGAGUUUAAAGCACACACAUACACACACACACUCAUAGAGAACAAACAGGACUAUAUAACAAAUUAUACAUGAUUGAUAAUACUAAUUGCCACUACUAUUACUACUACUUCUACAACUACUAUUUUUUAUCAUUAUUAUUAUUAUUUGAAGCAAGCGAAAUAGAGUCAAUUCACACUAACUUGCUGAAUAACAAUAAACCGCCUAAACCAUUUCAUUAUUCUGUGAUUGACUCAUUCUCCUUUCCGUUGUGCCCUCCUCCUCCACCAUGUUGUCUUUUAUUUCUUCAAUUCACCCUAACACAUUUAACUUUUACUAUUAUUAUUAUUUUAAUUUUCCAUUGUGUUCAUCAGGCAUUUACUUAUGCUGUUCAUCAUUGACUCACUCAUUCUCUCAUAUGUGUGUAGGUGCGAAAUUUUUUUUGAUACAUUGAGAUUACACAUAUACUCAUCUCUUCUUCUUCUUCUUACCUGCCUACUUACUUAACGUACAUUUUCUAGCAUUGUUCUAUAUUCAGUGUGUUACGAUUCACUUGUUCAAUGUUUCAAUUCAAGAUGUAAAGAUUGUUGUGUUGUUGUUGUUGUUUUUCCCUCUCUCUUUCUCUCCUUUGAUGGCUUAAAUACUUUAGAGGUAUUUCUAAGUUGAAGCAAAAAGGGGGGAGGAAUGUUUGUGAUGUAUCAAUGAGAACUCUGCAUUGUUUUACUCGUCAUUUUGUUCACUCGUUAACAGUGCCUACACUUGUGACAUUGAUUCUUUUAUUUUUUAAUCCUCGCGGUCUUCAUGAAGGCUUGAUAUUCUUCUCCCCUCUUUUAAAAAUACUUUUUAAUCAGAUCUUCCAGCUAAGUGUUACUUUUUUUAUGUACGUGCAUGUGUUUAACCUACAGAUAGAGUUCAAUAUCAUAAUAUUUAUUUGCCAGGAAUAAUAAUAAUAAAGUUACAAAAACAAAACGUUUUAGGCGUAAAGUGAACUACAUAUCCUACAAAAACUUUCAAAAUCUGUUUUGUUUGAAAGAGAACGUGAAAAAACUGAUCUCUUUCUCCGUAUAUAUAUUUCUAUUUAUACUGUACACGUAUAUGCAUAUAUAUGAUAAAUAAUAAAAAAAACUCCUAUUUCGAAUUUUUAUGAGUAACAUUUAUUGAUUUCUUUGUUUGUUUGUAUGUCUUUUGAUAUUCUGAGUUAUUCAUAU